ACAUUUCCAUGCAGAGACGGAACCAUUUUAUGGUCACACCGGUCCUCCGCUGAAAAAUGUCCGUCACCUAACGCCAUGGUUAUUUAAAGUCGGUUACUGAAGUUUAGAGUGGCUGUGUAAGGUCAUGUAAGCGUAAAUGUGAGGAUUUAGAGGAUAUUUUUGAUAAAGGAAAACAAAAAGGUGAGUCAGAAAAGUGUGUGUGUAUUCGCUUACGGCUCCUCGGUGUAUGUGUUGUUACUCUGCUUCAAAGGUACUUACCACUGUUGCUGAAACCGAAGAUAAGUCGAUCUGUGGUAAUUAAAUACGGAGUAAAGCAUGUGAAGAAAGUCCAUUUUUCGCGGGGACUCAGUCAUCCAAAAUAAUAUUUUAGCUGACAAUUAACCCGUAUUCAAAGUCUCUGAACUGAGUUUGUAUCUUAGAAAUGUCCUGCAGUGAAAAACACAGAAAUACCUUCACCGGAAAUUCAUCUAUCAUAUUUUAAAGGAAUAUUCCGUCGUAAAUUUAAUUUAAGGUCGAACACAACGUAAUGCCGAGUUAGACACCCCGUCGAGAGACGAAUGUUGCAGAAGAACUACCGCGUCUGCAGUGCCAAACGAUUUAUAUGAUGAUUACUUAAAGGAAAUGAUAAAGAAAUAAUCAUGAAUGUUCUUCCUUGAGCUGCGUCACCCCACUGCGGUGAUGGACUGGCCUGAGGUCUCAGUACAAACAAGCGGCUGCUGGAAGAGUGUAGGUUAGUUGUGUUUAGUCUCUUUGCUAAGGAAAUUAGGCAAAGUUUAAAAGAUGUUUGGUAGCUAGUACUCUGGCUGUGACCUUCUAUGUACUGUUGAUGAAGUUAGGUGCUGUUCUGAGCAUUAUUUGUGGCUAUAGAGUGGCUUUUUGGUUGAGCGCGUGGCUCUUUGUAUUGCGAUCCUGUGGUCGUUACUAAAGUUGGUAUAACUAGAGAAGCAAGUGGUCGGCAACAUUCAUCUCUCGAGGGGGUGUUUAACUUAGUGUUACGGUGUGUCUGACCCUAACUUAAUUUUACGCCGGGCUAUCCCUUUAAUGAUGUAUGCAGUAAAGCAAAGACAUAUGCUGAAUUCAUCACAAACAGGCAUCCAAAAUUUCACUGCUUUGGCUUGCGAAGCGAAGGUGUACAGAAGGAACAGACGGAUUUUCCUGAGGUAGUUUUCCUGAGGUAGAAAACUAAUUUAAAGAAUUAAGGCCUCACUGAAAGGUUUAAUGGUUCUGAAUGUUGCCUUUUAAUAAUUUUAUAAUGUUAUUUUCCAAUAUGUUUUUCUGACCCAAUGUCUGUGUUAAUCACUUUGAACCACUUCCCUGUCUGCUCACACAGAACAUGAUGGCGUCCCCUUCACCUCAUGACCGCAGUCGGAAAGAAGAGGAUGAGGAUGACCCUGUUGAAAGGAUGAUAUCCCGCACCGGCUGUGCCGAACUACAUUACGCCGUGCAGGAGUGCAUGGCUGAACACCAGGACUGGAGAGUGUGCCAGACCCAGGUCCAGACUUUCAAAAACUGCAUGAUGAAUUACCAAAAUGCUCGAAAGGAACAGCUAAAGAAGCAGCGACAAAGCUCCACUGAGUCUGCACCGAGCUGAAAUUCACACAUGCAAACGCAUACACAUGCUCAGGGACUGAGACUUGUUUAGGACCUGCUCUACUUUAUAUAUGAUAAUAAAGUCCAAGCACAUAUAAUGUUUUCCUCCUUUUUUAUGUGCCUAGAGCUGAAGAAUUAUGAAUUCACGCAAUUUGGUGACUGAUAAAAUAUCAAUAAGCACUUGUAAUUAUUAUAAUCAUUGUAAAAAAUCUCCACUCUAUGGAUUUAUUGCUCAUCUUUGUCAUGUCAACACAGGUGUACAUCGUAAUGCUCUGAUCAUGAGUUUGAUGGGUUUAAAUUUGUUCCACAUUUAAGGAAGAAAGAGUUGAUUUUUUUUCUCCUGUCCCUAAAAUUUCUUUGCAGUUCACAGCUGAUGUCUUAAUACUUAUUUGUAAAAUAAAAGAGAAAUGCAAGACACAGAAA